AUGGGGGCAAAUGACGUUGCUGGCAUCUGCGCAGGUGUGGAGGAGAAGGAGAAAGUGGUUCUGGGAGAAAUGAAGGGUGAUUUGGGUGAGCUGAAAGGCCGUUUAUUGAAGGUGGAGGGUGAAAUGGCAGCAGGGAGGGCAAAGGCAGCUGUGGAAAUGGCAACUGCAGGGAAGGUGAAUCGCUUGGAGGAAGCAACGGGGGAGGGCUUUGCAGCAGUGAAGGGGGAAGUUGCCUCAGUGAAGGGGGAAGUUGCCUCAGUGAAGGGGGAAGUUGCCUCAGUGAAGGGGGAAGUUACGGCAGUGAAACGUGAAGUUGCCUCAGUGAAAGAAAAGGUAGUAGCAGUGGAAGGGAACCUGGCAGCAGUGAAGGGCGAGUUGGCUGACCAGAGGGUCCGUUUGUUAGAAUCAGAGGCAGCAAGGGAAGAGGGCGUUGCAGCAGUGAAGGGGGAAGCAGCAGCAGUGAAGGAAGAGGUAGUGACAGUGGGAGAGAACUUGGUAACAGUGAAGGAGAUAGUUGCCGCAGUGAAGGGGGAAGUGGAAGCAGCGAAGGGAAAAAUAGCAGCAGUGGAAGGGGAGUUGGCUAACCAGAAGGCCUGUCUGUUGAGAUGUGAGAAGGAGAAGAAGGCUGUGGAAAGGGAUGCACCGCAUGAAAGGGUGAAGCACGGCAAAGCGUCGGAAGUGGAGGAGUGCAGGCCUUCGUGA